AUGCCGACUGCAUGGAUGAACGAUAACGAUACAAAUAAAUGGUCAGAUGGUUUAUCCUUUGUUCAAUUUGCCAAGAACACUACAUACCACGAAGGAAUACGCCGUCCUUAUGAGGCCAUGUUUGGCGUUAAAGCAAAAAGAGGCAUAUCAUUGUCUUCUUUCCCUGGCGAACAAAUCGCAAAUAUUGAAACCGAAGAACAGCUUGAAGGAUUUGCCAAUACUUCCGAAACCGAAGAACAGCUUGAAGAAACUAAAAAUAUUGAAGAGAACCUACAACCUAUAACGUCUUCACAUCAAAUUCUGACUGAAACACGCGUUGAUUUCUACAAAAAGAGCGGCGGCGAAAGAAAAUCUACUACUGCAAGCAACAAAAAUGUUACGCGCCUCACAAAUGCUCAAAUUGGUGAUAAUGUACAGAUACAAGUCCCUGAUGGCGACCGUGGUCAUACAGAUAACCGAAAUGUGUUAGCGGUUGUUGUUGGAAUAGAAAACUCCGACUUCUACAAACUGGCAAAUAAAAAUGGUACCCUCAAGCAGCUUUACACAGUUCGUAAUUUGUAA